GUGUGGGCAAAGAGACAUCCUGGAAACCACUCCAAUCUUUGAUGCUAUCGGUUUUCGGCGAGCGAACUCUGCCUCGAUUUUCGAACUUCUAAACAUUUUUCAUACCGACCGCCUCCAUCGGCCGCGAGUUCACCAUGAAUAGGCCAGGGCCAGGACCACAACCCCUACGGGCGAUGUCAGGGUUCCCCGCACAGCAACAAGCUCAAGCUCGAAAUGCGACUUUGGCCUCAACACGCUUGCCCAACGGUAAAAUAGGUAGCGGAGCGAACUGGAAUUUCAAUAUGCCCGUCAGUGGGACGCCGGGGAUACAGGGUAACCAACAACGUAACAUCGGAACAAUGGGAACUUUUGCGCAGAGCCUCAGCGGAUCUAACCCGGGGACCCCAAUUGAUUUAUCCGACUUCCCCUCAUUAUCCGGAGCACCGUCGCAGUCGCAGUCGCAGGCGCAGUCGCAGGUGCAGAACCAGGCGCAUUUGGUAUGGGCGAAUGCUAGCCAACGUGGCGUGCAACAAACCCCCGUUCAAAGACAGCAACAUCCCACCUCGCAACCCCCAUCGCGCGGACCUCAAACGCAAACCCAACUUCCACAGCAACAGAAUCAACCAUCGCACGAUGACGUAUUCCCAUCCGGCUCUCAGUUUGCCAACCGGUUAGACGAUUACAGAAACGGUGGCCAAGGUAUCAGUGGACAGUUGGGCGGAGGCGCGCAACCGCAGCCGGGGAAUAUUGAUGAAUUUCCUCCGCUUGGCCGGAACGUCCCCGCAGACAUCGGUCAAGACCGCAGAAGCUCCCUGAUGCAAGGCGCUGGAUUCGGGGCAUUCAAUACCAACCUGCCCUUCGCGGGUGUCAACCAAAGCCAAUCAGCUCAAAGUCGGAAUUUGAUGGCGAGUGCGAUUAGCGGGCAAGAACGGAUAACGUCACCAGUGGCAGCGGGGUCAACAGGGAUUUCAUCGUCACGGUCGCCAGUUAAUCAAACGUCCAACGGUGUACUAGGACAGGAGAAAGACGAGCAAGGCAGCUCCGUGAUAGCUGGCCAACAACAAUCGAUACCAGCGGCACCAGGGCUGAGUCGACCAUCACAGGAUUCCGGAGCCGAACAACAACCCCUAGCCGAAAUGAGCGAAAUUGACAAAUUCGGGUUGGCGGGUCUCCUUCGGAUGAUCCAUAGUGAUAGUGCCGAUGUCGCUAGCCUCGCAGUUGGGCAAGAUCUAAUGACAUUGGGGUUAGAUCUGAAUCAACCAGAGCCACUGCACUCGACUUUCGCUUCUCCAUUUGUUGCAUCUGUACCGGGUGUGCCGUUGGAACAGGAUUUUGCUCUCCCGGGUUGUUAUAGUGUGGCAAACGUUCAACCUCUGCAAUCAAGAAUCCCGAGUUUCAGUGAUGAGACCUUAUUCUACAUCUUCUACAGCAUGCCUCGAGAUGCCAUGCAAGAGGUCGCGGCGGAAGAACUCAUGGGCCGCAAAUGGCGGUAUCACAAGAUUGAGCGGUGCUGGUUAACGCGGGAUGAAGCGUACCCCGGGCCCGUGGAUGUGGAACGAGGAGUCAGUGAGCGGGGAGUCUAUCUGUUAUGGGACCCUGCCACGUGGAAGAAAGUUAGGCGCGAGUUCAUUCUUCGCUACGAGGAUUUGGACAACCGGAUGGAUCCAAGCCGCACGCUUUCGCGAGUCGGCUUCCCGCAGCAUGGGUCAUGAAUGUCUGAGUGGAAUGCGAUAGGAGUACUAGUAGGGUAGGAUCAGCAACGGCGUUUGGUUCACUUCCAAUUUCCUUAUGGUUAUGCGGGUGUUGCCCUGCUUGCUGAGAGACCGGCGUUUCUCUUCUCAACUUAUCACGCGGUGAAUGGGUAAAUAUGGUAUCUAUCGUGACCAAAUUAAAUGAAUUGCAUGAACUUGUAACACUUGUCUGUAUUAUUAAUGCAGUGCAAUGUGUUACAGGGUUGUCUAUCCGACCACCA